AUUUUUGUAAGAUGCUCUUGAAAUGUCUGAUAUUGCAGGCAAAAUUAGCAAACAAUAAUCAUGGAAAAAAAAACCCUUAAGCUUAACUUAAACUUAACCUUUUUAACACCACAUCAUAAUCGUGGUUAUUUCAAAGCUGUUUGUCUCUCACAUGCUGGGAAACUAAUGCAAAGUAACUAAAAUAUCCGUUAGUAAAUUUCAUAAUAAAUUGAAAAAGGGUAGCAGGUUGGCAUGUAGUAGUUGAAACUGUUGAAGAGAUAAUAAUAAUAAUAAUAAAAAAGAAAACAGUUAUAGCAUGGAAUUAUUUGAAAGCUCUCAUGUUUCUCAUGUUUGUUUGUUACUGUAACUGUUAAGAACUGCUGAAACAUUUUUUUCAUCAAUUAAUCGUGUGUAAUCCACAUCUACUCUGUAAUAAAAAAAGAUUAACGAUCUCAUUUGUUUGACAGCCCUGUUACAACCGAGUGUCAGUUUGUUUCUUCUGCACAUUUUCUAGAUUGCUGAUUGGAUAAAACCUGACUGGUCGUGGUCAAUGAGCUUCAGCGUGACGAUUGGAUGGACUGUUCAAGAGGCCGAACCACAUUUUCAUUGACAGUGAUAUAUGCACCAGAGCAUUGUCUUAUGUCACUGUCAAUGUUUUGUAUAUUCUUUUGCCUGAAGAUGUUUAUGUAUUUAUUUAUUUUUAAAUUGUUCACUUUUAUUUUGAAAACCAGAAGUUAUAUCUAAAUAAAUGUUGACCACAGACCAGCAGAAAAUGAAGCAAAAACAGGCCAUGCAGUCUCCUCACAGAGAGACCGUCUGUGGCUCUGGAGGUGAACCAGUGACGUCCUUCCUAACGCGAAAUGCCUCUCUUAUUCUGUCUUGUCAUUUUCCAUGUCUAUCUGUAAUGAGGUGAAUUCUUCUUUAUGUUAUUUUCACCACUCCUCUCACCGUGAAACUAUUCACGUGUGAAGCUUUUGAGUUAAGGUGUUUCUUCCUUCUUCUGUCGUACACAGAAACAUCAGUGACCUCAGUAAAUACCGGCUGCAUGACACAAUCUCUCUGACGGUCAUGAUGAACAUGCCCUACACACACAAACACAGACACCCUGUUUUGUGUUGUCUGUAAGCACGUUGGCUACCCAUAAUAACUUACCCUAUCCCUGAUCCUAUUGUUAGUUAAAGCUAAACUUCAAAAAACGCCGCUAAAUCAGUGAGGACCUUCAAAAUGUCCCCGUAAUGCCACAACAAUAAUGUUUAUCCCCACAAGUAUAGUGAUGCCAGUAGCACACAUACACACCACUGAGGAGAACACAGAGUCUGAGGCAAAAGGCACAGAGACAGUAUUGAUAAGAGAGGAAAGAAAAGACAGAGAAUAAAGGCACCAGACAAAAAACCGGCAUGGGGGCACCCCUUCACAUAACUAGAAAUGGUCACUAUGGCAACAAUUAACAUCCCAUAACUAUUUAAUGACAUGAAAUUGGUCCUAAUUGUGAUGUUGAACGGAACCAAAGGGUCAAACUGAGACCAAAGUGGCCAGAAACAAGUUGCUCUGAGAGUGACAGAUUGAUGUGAUAGAAUAUGCUGGAAGGCUCCGAGGUUAGGAGCUGCGAUCCAGAUUUGCUGGUUGGACCGGAAAGGCCAGAGGGAGGUGCCCACUGGGCCUGAGAGUCUGAAAGGUGUGGUAGACGCACAGGUGAAAACAAGGAGACAGAGAGACAGAAGAGAGGGAGGAUAGGGUGAGGCCAAACUGUGGGAUAUCACUACAUAUAUACUGUGGAAAAGAGGCUCUGACCACCGCAGAAACAACUCCAGAAGACACCAGUGGACAGUUUACAAAAAAAUACAAAAACUGAGACAAAACCAUGGCUGAGGCCCCGAAGAUUGAACUCUUCGUGAAGGCGAGCAUUGAUGCAGAAAGUGUGGGGAAUUGUCCUUUCUGUCAGAGACUCUUCAUGAUUCUGUGGUUGAAGGGCGUAGACUUUACCCUCACUACUGUGGACAUGACACGGACACCUGAUGCUUUGAAAGCUCUGGCUCCAGGCUCUCAGCCGCCCUUCCUCAUCUGCAACGGCGAAGUCAAAACUGACACCAACAAAAUUGAGGAGUUUCUGGAAGAGACCUUAGCUCCACCACAUUACAAAAAACUAUGCUGUCGAUACAAGGAGUCCAACGGUGCCGGAGAAGACAUUUUCCGGAAGUUUUCUGCAUACAUUAAAAACCCCAACCCAAGCCUAAAUGACAUGCUGGAGAAUAAGUUUCUAGUUACUCUUGUGAAGCUCGACAAGUAUCUGGAGACUCCUCUGCCUCACGAACUGGACCAGAAUCCAAAUGCCAACACGUCCACACGCCUGUACCUAGACGGCGACAGCCUCUCACUGGCAGACUGUAACCUGCUUCCCAAACUGCACAUUGUCAAAGUGGUGUGUAUGGAAUACCGAAAAUUUGACAUCCCUCCACAGCUGAAAGGUCUGACGCGUUACCUAACUAACGCCUACAAACAGGAUGAGUUUCGUUACACCUGCCCACGUGACUCAGAGAUCCUCCUGGCUUAUCGCUCUGUGGCCAAGUACCUGAACAUGUAGAGGUGUUAUCAGGAAACAUCGAAGCAACGUUGAAGUCGUGAAGAAAAAUGAUUUAAGAGGAAAAAACCAGCAUGUUUGAGUGAUAUGUGUCUGGAUGUUGAGAAUUUAUUAUGAUGAGAUGUUGUUGUCAUUAAUUUUCCUUAAUUGUGUUGUAGCUAUUUAGUGUUUCUGAGUUUGUAUCACUGCAUGCUGGAGCUGUGCUGAUUGUGGAUUUUUUAUUUAGCCCCAUUUAGAGAGUGAAAAAGCACUGCAAAUCCCACAGUUUUCUCUCUAAUUGUGCAUGCACACUGUGUCAAGGCUAUUACUCACUGUUGAUUGCAGUUGUUUGAUUGCUGUUUUGUCUGGAAGGAUUGAUAGAAAGAAUCUUACCACAUGAAAGUGAAAGCUGAAAACAUGGCUGUGGAUGUUUACAUGGAAUUAUGAUGGAGAGUCAGAGGAGCAGAAUUGAUUUGUUGAAGAUGCAUAAUGGAAUGAUGGAAGUGAAUGUGAGUAAAGAUGUAGUAUUCUUCAUAUUUAAUGUAUGUAAAUGCUGCUUGUGACUUUUAGUAUUUGUUUUGUGCUUAGUUUUCUAUUCUGUAGAAACUCUCCUGUUUGAGUUUAUCUAACAACAAAAAGAGAUAAUAUUAUUAAUAAUUUAAUAACUAAGUGUUUAAUAUCGAGAAUGGGAACAUCAUUUGUGAUGGUAUUGAUACCAAAAUACAUGUAAAACAAUGUUUUGUGUAUUUCUGCUGUCUGGUGAAGAGGGAUUGUUAAUCAGCAAGAAGACGCUACUGAUGCUACAGUGAAGUGAAAAUCAUAGAUGGAAUUACACCUUUAAAAUGUAAUUGUACUUCUAUUGUUGAAUGUAUUUUUUUCUUAGUAAUAGUAAUAAAACUUUGUAACAACAAUGGCAACAUCUGAUUAACUUGCUAUACAAUUAAAGAAUACAACACUGUAAUAUUUUAUCGAUGGA